CCUCUUCCCUUUCAGACCAGCAGCAUCGGCAGCCGCCGGUCACUACCCGCAAGCCGGGAAGGUCACCGCGGGGAGCCGUGAAAAAAAAAGCGUCUUAAUUCGCGAUGUCUUCCCGCAUCUCUCGCCGAUUUUACCGGCUAGAAGGCACCGAAGACUUGGUGCUCGACAGGGGCGCCAGCGCGGAGGCCGAGAACCGAUGGGUGUUCGAAAUAGCCUGGGAAGUCGUCAAUAAAGUUGGAGGCAUUUACACAGUGAUCCGUUCCAAGGCCGAGGUAAGUGUGGAAGAACUGGGUGACCAGUUCUGCCUCCUGGGCCCGUUGAAUGAGAACCUGGUUCGCACCGAGGUCGAAGUCCUGGAACCACCUUACAACGUCUUUUGGAACAGCAUCAAGGCCCUGAGGGAACAGGGCAUCAAGGUUGUCUAUGGAAGGUGGCUUAUCGAUGGCUACCCUCAAGUCCUGCUUUUUGAUAUUGGUUCGGCCGCCUGGAAGCUCGACGAGUGGAAGCGCGACCUGUGGAACACCUGCAACAUUGGCGUCCCAUGGCACGACCGGGAGUCCAAUGACGCCAUCAUCUUCGGCUACCUCGUCGCAUGGUUUCUACAAGACUUCAUGAAGGCAGUGAAUGCAGAAAAGGGUCCGCCGCUGGUCGUGGCCCAGUUCCACGAGUGGCUCGCCGGCAUCGGGCUGAUCCUGUGUCGCACCAGACACCUUGACGUGGCCACCAUAUUCAUCACGCACGCAACCCUGCUGGGCCGGUACUUGUGCGCAGGGAAUGUGGACUUCUACAACAACCUCGACAAGUUCAGUUUAGAUAAGGAGGCUGGAGACAGAGGCAUCUAUCACCGGUACUGCAUGGAACGAGCCGCCUGCCACAGUGCUCAUGUGUUCGCCACGGUCUCCGACGUGACAGGAAUGGAAGCGGAGCACUUGCUCAAGAGAAAGCCAGAUGCCAUCGUGCCAAAUGGGCUCAAUGUCAAGAAGUUCAGUGCCCUCCACGAGUUUCAGAAUAUGCAUGCAAUAGCCAAGGAGAAGAUUCACGACUUCGUCAGAGGGCACUUUUAUGGGCAUUACGACUUCGACCUGGACAAGACGCUGUACUGCUUCACAGCAGGAAGGUACGAGUUUUCCAACAAGGGAGCAGAUAUGUUUAUAGAGUCCUUGGCACGCCUCAAUCAUUACUUGAAGGCUUCAGGAAGUGAAGUCACUGUCGUUGCUUUUCUAAUAUUCCCCGCCAAAACAAACAACUUCAACGUUGAGUCGUUACGAGGCCAGGCGAUCUCGAAACAACUUCGUGACACGGUCCAGCAAAUGCAGUCUACGAUCGGGAAGCGCAUGUUCGAGAUCUGCCUAUCGGGCAAGAUCCCCAAAGGUGAUGAACUCAUCUACCCAGAAGACUUGGUGCGGUUGAAACGCUGCAUCUACGCAACCCAGCGCACGACGCUACCGCCAGUCUGUACUCACAACAUGCUGGAUGAUGCCUCCGACCCUGUUUUGUGCCAUAUUAGAAGAUGUCAGCUGUUCAACCGAAGGGAGGACCGUGUUAAGGUCAUUUUCCAUCCAGAAUUCCUGUCAUCUACAAACCCAUUGUUCAGUAUGGACUAUGAAGAGUUUGUAAGGGGUUGCCACUUGGGUGUCUUUCCAUCAUACUAUGAACCCUGGGGCUACACGCCUGCGGAGUGCACAGUCAUGGGCAUUCCCAGCGUCACCACCAACCUGUCUGGCUUCGGCUGCUUCAUAGCCGAGCACGUAGCCGACCCCAUGUCCUACGGCAUCUACAUUGUCGACAGGAGAUUCAAGAAUGCCGAGGAGUCGGUACAGCAGCUGGCUCAGUACAUGUUUGACUUCUCCUGCCUGUCCCGGAGGCAACGAAUAAUCCAACGGAACCGCACGGAACGCCUCAGCGACCUUUUAGACUGGAAAAACCUGGGAGUGUACUACAGGAAAGCACGGCAAAUGGCCCUGCACAGGACACAUCCCGAACUCCUAGAAGGAGACGUUGGGCCCAAGCUGCAAAUGCGGUAUCCUCGUCCCAUGUCGGAACCGCCAUCGCCAUCGGCAUCGCGCACUUCCACGCCAGCGCCCUCGGAACACGGUAGCGAAGACGACGAAGAGGACGAGGAAAACGAGGAUGACGAGGAAUACGCUGAUGCCGUGGAGCGAGACGCACUCAGCAGCAAAUAGGCCGGCGACACUUUCUCGUCCCCUCUCCACCCUCCUCGUUGUAGCACUGCGAUCGGAAACGCUCCAUGAGGUGUGAGUAAGCGGAAGGCUAGAGGACCCGCCCCAAGAGGAAGGCAAAUAGGGCUACUGUUUCGUUUGCCACUUCAAAACGAGUCUCUGUUGCCCUGCUCACGACUUCCCCCUUGUGAAUCACAUCCCGUGACUUCAUUCAGUUUUACCUGUGUUCACGAGGGAGCGCCAGAGCUGGGUUCAGUCGUGUCAUGCUUGGAACAAAUAUUUUGAUGGCAGAUAAAAGAGCAAUCCGCUCGCUACCUAACGAGCAAGGCGACCAGUACAACGUGCUGGAAUCUGCUUUUAUCGGUGGCUUCCCUCAAAGCCAGUGCGCAACUCCCCUUGGUGGUGGCAUUUUUCUAAUCGCUACUCUUCCCACCCCUGUGGUCAUGCCCUCAUGGCGGCGGCCACAUCUCUGUGGCAUGAAGGUUCAUUUUAAUUUCUAUACCCUUUCUGCCACGGCUGUGCCAUAUCUCAAAUGCAAUAUAUAUAAUUAGUAGUAUUUUUGUGUGGUGAAACCACGCUCCGCAGUCAUUACAACUGUGGCCUUUUAUCAACGUUGAAGUGCUGAAUAGUGUUUGUGUCCAGGGUAUUUCAGAAGUUUUGGUUCAUUAUUUCGAGACCCAGGCGACUACAGUAGUCGCCUACGGCAAUGCUUGCCGUGGUGUUCCUACUUGUGAGCUAGUGUUCCAGGGUAGCAGUUUCUAUUACUUUUUGUCGUUGCUGUCCACAGCCACUGUCACUUCUUGUCUUGCACUUGUCCCAUUUCCUGUUCUUCUCUUCCCACCUUUCUUUGUAUCCUUCAUGUUGAGCUUGUGUGUGCUCAAUGCUGUCUGUUCCUGCUCCUCACUGUCCUGAUUCAGUUUCUUCUAAUCACAGGAAUCAAAGAUACCAGAUCUCGCGAGAUAUAUUUGCUCCUUCUACAGUCAAAAGUAAUGUGUAUGUUAGAUUAUUACAGCUGUACACUUCUUUGUAUUAGUGCCAUAGAGUGCAUAAUUGUCUCAGUGGGCACGAAUGACAUCCGGAACUCGAAGUCGACAGUUUGGAUGGCUGCAGCAAGCAAUUUUUCUAAGUGGUUUCAGAAAUGCACCUGUGUGUGAACUGUCAUUUCUUUUUAGUUUCACUUAAAGAACAUUUACCUGUUGUAUUGUCUUAGGCAUGCCAUGUCUCAGUUGCUGCAGUUUUUUUUUUUUUUUCAUGCUUGUCGGUUAGUAUUCUUUUAUGUAAAUUUUGAAAGGUAUAAGUGGUGUCUAGCUAGUUAUGGGUUUUAUUUGCCAGUAUUAGUCUACAAAAUAUACCCCUGGCUGUUUCGGUGCUCUUUUGCUUUCCCUUUUGCCCAUCUUCGUGAACAAAAAUAAUAGUUUUGGUGUCAUAAGUAUCAUCGAAGUCUUCCUUCGUUUUUUUAACAUUGCACACCAAUACUCAAGCGCUGUUGAGAAAUGUGUUAAGAACAUUGUGUGCACCCAAACUUCACUGUUUGUAUUGUAAUCUCCAGAAAUUAUGCCAUAAGUUGUACACUCCUUCACGAAUGGGAAGAGAUAUAAAAAAAAAAGUCUCUUCUAAAAAAUGAUUGUUGAAAUGUUGCAUGACAUGUUUGUACACAGUAAUGAGAGACAAAAGAGGUGCUUUUAUGGCCAAAUGUAUUUACAAAUGAAUAAUGAGAGGCAUUGGUUUUGUGUAGGUAGGUCCUUGUAUUACAAACUUGUGUAUCAUCCUAUUCUUCAUACCCCAAUCCACUGAGUUCCCUUUGCUUUAGCACUGCAAAAUAAAUCUUUCAAGG